AUGUUCUCGCCGAGAGACUCGAGUAAAUCGGAGUAUAUUAGUUUGAAUAUUCACGACAGCUCGUCGUUUGCACGGGGCACUUCGCGCAGUUUAUGGAGGCAAUGGAACCAAUUAUCCAGGUUUCAGAGAAAUAUUCUAUACUUUGCAGUUAUCACAGUUAUACUUGUAAUAUUUUAUCUCCUACCUAGCGAAACCAAAGCUGGUACCUCUGACGAGGUAGAUUAUAUUAAUAUAGUAGUUAUAAGAGAAACUGCCAAGUAUGAAAAGGCAGUCAAUGAAGUUGUAGAUAACGAUGAACAGGGUGCUGGACCUGGUGAAGUGAUUGAGGAACCUGAAUUUCAACCAGAGAUUAAUCAAGUUGAUGAUGAUCAAAUCGGUGAACCACCGCAGCCAAAGCCAAACAUACUGAAAUUUAGUGGUCCACAAAAUAGUAGGCAAGAAGCUGUUGUAGCUGCAUUUAAGCAUUCUUGGGAUGGUUAUAAGAAAUAUGCUUGGGGUCACGAUAAUGUUAAACCAAUAUCAAGGAGAUAUCAUGAAUGGUUUGGUCUAGGUCUUACUAUAGUAGACUCGUUGGAUACUAUAUAUAUAAUGGGAUUAAAUGAGGAAUUUUCAAGGGCAAGGAAAUGGGUAGAAGAUAGUUUAGUAUUUACAGUAAAUAGAGAUGUUAAUUUAUUUGAAGUUACAAUUAGAGUAUUAGGUGGAUUAUUGGCGGCAUAUCAUCUUUCCGGUGAUAUACUCUUUUUAAAUAAGGCUAUGGAUUUAGGUGAUCGCAUGAUGCCAGCAUUUUCUACCAGAUCGGGUGUUCCAUAUUCCGAUGUGAAUCUCGGCACUAGAAGUGCGCAUAGUCCUAAAUGGGGGCCUGAUAGUAGCACGAGCGAAGUUACUUCGAUUCAAUUGGAAUUUCGCGAUCUUAGUCGUAGCACAGGACAACCUAAGUUUGAGGCUGCGGUUAAAAAAGUUUCUGAACAUGUACAUAAAUUAGAAAAAUACGAUGGCUUAGUUCCCAUCUUUAUUAACGCUAAUACUGGCCAGUUUCGAGAAUAUGCAACAAUUACUUUAGGAGCCCGUGGCGAUAGUUAUUACGAAUACUUAUUAAAACAAUGGUUACAAACUGGAAAAACGAUAGAUUAUUUGCGGGAUGAUUACUUGUUAGGCAUUGCUGGAACCCAAAAACAUCUCGUUAAACAUACAGCAGUUAAUAAAUAUUUAUUCAUCGCUGAGUUGGUUGGCGCCAACAAAGAAAUAAGACCAAAAAUGGAUCACCUCACAUGCUAUUUAGGAGGUACUUUAGCGUUAGGCGCGCAUCAUGGACUGUUGCCGUCGCAUAAUACUCUUGCAGAAGAAAUAGUUCAGACUUGUUAUCAAACAUACGCAAUCCAACCGACAUUUCUUGCGCCUGAGAUUACUUAUUUUAAUAUACAAAAAGUGGAAGGUGAUAAUCAAAUGGAUAUGUACGUAAAAACGAAUGAUGCUCAUAACUUAUUGAGACCCGAAUUUAUUGAGAGUCUAUUUUAUAUGUGGUACUUGACGGGAAAUAAAACUUAUCAAGAUUGGGGUUGGCAGAUAUUUCAGGCUUUCGAAAAUUAUACCAAAGUUGAAAAUGGCUACACAAGUAUUGGUAAUGUCCGGAAUGUUCUACAAACUCGUCAACAAGAUAUGACGGAAAGUUUUUGGUUCGCCGAAACAUUAAAAUAUUUGUACUUGUUAUUUGAUGACACUAGACAAUUGAUAGAUUUGGAUAGGUGGGUAUUCAAUUCGGAAGGUCAUCCAUUACCCAUUUACGAAUCAUAACACGCAAAACUAUGUAGAACUUAAAUUUCUUAUAACUUCUAAUAAUCUUUAAUUCCUAAUAUCUGUUAAAUAAUUUUUUAAAGAUUCAAUUACUGAAUUUGUGAAUAUCGUUUCUGUUGAAACAUCAAUCAUUGCUUCUAUAAUAAAAAGUUUUUUAGACUUCUCAAGCUUUCGCGACAUAAUAAGCUUUCUCAAUUUGUUGUGAAAAUCUUCAAUAGGAUUCUCUUCUAAAAAAAAGUCCAUUUAUGAU